AGAUCACUGAAGGUUGGCAUGACAAUAUCUAUUGAUUAUUGGUUGUCUACAUGGAGACUAACAGAGGACAGUGAUGAGUACAACCAAGCUAUGUCCUCCUGCCACACACGAGCCGCCGAUCGUAUUGUAUCCGCUGCCUUACACAACGGUGGUUUGUACAUCAAACUAGGUCAAGGCCUCUCAUCAUUCAACCACAUCCUACCUGACAUAUACAUCAAGAAACUUCAAGUAUUACAAGACAAAGCAUUGGAGAGGAGAUAUCAAGAGGUUGAAGAGAUUUUCCAAUUAGAGUUCGGUCGUUCUCCCGAAGAAAUGUUUCACGAGUUCAAUCGGCAGCCCAUCGCAGCAGCAUCUCUCGCUCAAGUCCAUCGAGCCAUCACUCACGAUGGACAUCAUGUAGCAGUCAAGGUUCAAUACAUUGAUUUACGAGAUCGUUUUUCUGGUGACAUUUUUGUCCUUCAUAUUCUCAUGAAGUUGGUAUCCUUCAUGCAUCCCAAGUUUACGCUUGCUUGGGUGUUGGAUGAGUUGCGGGAUACUUUGGCUCAGGAGUUGGACUUUGAAAACGAGGCGAGAAAUGCGGAACGUUGUAGACGAGAGUUGGGUCAUUUAGGAUAUGUUGCUGUGCCAAACGUUCAUUGGGACAAGACGACGAAGCUUGUGUUGACAGCUGACUACAUAGAAGGAUGCAAAGUCAAUGACAUGGCCAGUCUGAAACAACACGGUUUUAGUAUAUCAGAGGUGUGUAGGAAAUACAUUGAAUGUAUGGCCGAGCAAGUGUUUGUAACCGGCUUUGUACAUGCAGAUCCACAUCCUGGAAAUGUUCUCAUCAGAGUCAAACAUGGAACAAAACAUGAUGUUGAAGUCGUACUGCUUGACCAUGGACUAUACAUGCAUGUCAAUUCAAGUGAUAGGAAGGAGUUAUGUCAACUGUGGAAAAGUAUUAUUUUGAAAGACGAGGAGGGAAUGAAACAGCACAGUUUGAAUUUAGGAGUAGAAGAAUAUUUUUUCUUUGCUCAGAUGUUGAUUCAAAGACCGAUUAUUCGAAAUAGUGGUAGAAUGAGAUUUCUUACAAAGACGACGUUGACUAAAGAGGAUGUUGAUGAAAUCAGACGUGUCAUACAGAAACACAUGGACAUUGUUGUUCAAAUACUCAGGAAGUUACCGUCAUCGAUGUUGCUGGUAUUCAGAAACAUGAAUCAAGUACGAGCUGUUAACAAAGAACUGGGUACACCUGUAGAUCGAUACGUAGUAAUGGCUAGACGUGCAAUUGGUGGGAUACUAGAUGACAAAGAAGGAAACAACAAUGGACAGCUACAUCAUCUCCGAAUAGCAUUCGAACGAUUCAAGUUCGACUGCAGACUCAGAUACUCAUCGUUUAAACUCUGGUUGACUGUGAGCUAUCUGCGUUUGCUGGCAUUUCUCGGCAGAGCACCGGCUGAUAUCAACCACUAUUUUGACCAAUCAUAAGACAUAAAAAAUUCUAAUCCUAAAUUUAGCAACAAC